UGAUACUGGCUGCGGGGCGGAGGGUGUUGAGGUCCCGCGACUCACUGACGCCAGGUCGCAUCACGCCUCUGCGAGGAGCUCAUGAGAGGGAACGGGAGAACCAACCCGCUCGCCGCUUCCAUACUCACUUAAGAUAAUCUGAGGAAUAUCCAUCAAAACCCAGCAGUGAUUCCCUCCUGAAGCUGGACCUUUCCGUGCCGCGCCAUCCUUUUUCGGGCCCAGCGGAGAAGGCGUGUGCGAGGGCCGCCCCGUCCAUCAUGAACGUCACCUCGCUCUUCUCCUUCACCAGCCCGGCCGUCAAGCGCCUGCUGGGCUGGAAGCAGGGCGACGAGGAGGAGAAGUGGGCCGAGAAGGCGGUGGACGCAUUGGUGAAGAAGCUGAAGAAGAAGAAGGGCGCCAUGGAGGAGCUGGAGCGCGCCCUCAGCUGCCCCGGCCAGCCCAGCAGCUGCGUCACCAUCCCCCGCUCGCUGGACGGUCGGCUGCAGGUGUCCCAUAGGAAAGGACUGCCUCACGUCAUCUAUUGUCGCGUGUGGCGUUGGCCCGACCUGCAGUCGCACCACGAGCUCAAGGCUCUGGAGUGCUGCGAGUAUCCCUUCGGCUCCAAGCAGAAGGACGUCUGUAUCAAUCCUUACCACUACAAACGCGUGGACAGUCCAGUGCUGCCCCCUGUGUUGGUACCACGCAACAGCGAGUUCAACGCCAAGCACACCAUGCUGCCUCGCUUCCGCAACCCGCUGCAGCAGAACGAGCCCCACAUGCCCCAGAACGCCACCUUUCCCGAGUCCUUCGCUCAGACAAACCCUGUUUCCUUCCCCCAUUCGCCCGGAAACAGCUUCCCCAGCUCGCCAGGGGGAGGCAGCAACGCCACCUUCCCGCAUUCGCCGUCCAGCUCCGAUCCCGGCAGCCCCUUCCAAAUGCCGGAGACGCCCCCUCCUGCCUACAUGCCCCCAGAGGAGCCGAUGACUCAAGACUGCCCCCUGCCAAUGGACACCAACCUCAUGGCGCCACCUUUGCCGAUUGAGAGUAACAAUCGACCAGCAGCAGAUGUGCAGCCCGUGGCCUACGAGGAGCCCAAGCACUGGUGCUCCAUCGUCUACUACGAGCUCAACAACCGCGUCGGCGAAGCCUUCCAGGCGUCGUCCACCAGCGUGCUCGUUGACGGCUUCACCGAUCCGUCCAACAACCGCAACCGCUUCUGCCUGGGCCUGCUGUCCAACGUCAACCGCAACUCCACCAUUGAGAACACCCGGCGGCACAUCGGCAAAGGCGUCCACUUGUACUACGUCGGCGGCGAGGUGUACGCCGAGUGCCUGAGCGACAGCAGCAUCUUCGUGCAGAGUCGCAACUGCAACUACCACCACGGCUUCCACCCCACCACCGUUUGCAAGAUCCCCAGCGGCUGCAGCCUGAAGAUCUUCAAUAACCAGGAGUUCGCCGAGCUGCUGGCCCAGUCCGUCAACCACGGCUUCGAGGCCGUCUACGAGCUCACCAAGAUGUGCACCAUCCGCAUGAGCUUCGUCAAGGGAUGGGGAGCCGAGUACCACCGUCAGGAUGUGACUAGCACCCCCUGCUGGAUUGAAAUCCACCUCCACGGUCCCCUGCAGUGGUUGGACAAGGUUCUCACGCAGAUGGGUUCCCCACACAACCCCAUAUCGUCCGUGUCCUAGACCUCCCUCAGCCUUUUUUUUGGCCUUAGUAGCAAGAUGAGCAGAUCCCAGACCAGUCGAUACCUUAUUGCGCGAGCGGCUGAUCUGCGAUCUGUCCUGUUCCGGGUGGCUCGUUUCCACGUGUUUUUCUACUUGAAGGACGUCUGAAUCGGGCACAGACUGGGAGACGAGCGAGCGAAAAGAGCAUGAUGCAACUGGAAGAAACUUGACCUUCGUGACCAACGCUAAUAAUCCCGCCGUUUCGCUCUUUUCUCAGAGAGCGCAGGCAACCUUCCCGAACUCGUCUCCCCCAGUUUCCGUCGGUCGCAUGCCUUACGCCGUCCACGUAUUGUCCAAGACAUCCAUGUUUUCAACUUGUUACCAUCAAGCGGUCGCGUUCAGAUCGGUUUUAUGUUGUCGGCAUUGAUGUAAAGCUAAGCUAAGCUAGCGAGGUUUUCAUUUCUGUUAGUAACGCUUACUAAAAUGGAUUUUUUUCAGAUUUAUACACCACAGAAAGAGAUGUUUCCAGUCACAUGAUCACUUCUUAGACAACAGGCUUUGGGUGGCCAUUUUACUUCUGUACAAUCUUGCUGGAUUUUUCCAAAAGCAACCUUAAAUUGCAGUUAUACUCUGAAUUUUUUUUAAAAAUUUUGCUUUUAUUUCACGAAAAACAGUCAUGGAAACACAGCUAUUGUUAGCUUUUGCUGUGUAAGUUAGCCAAUUGCAGCAAUGCAACAAUUAACUAAUUUCAAGCAUUGCACCUAAAGAGAAAUUUAAGUGUUGAAUGUGUGGAUGUUAUUGCAUUAAAUCGAAUAAAUGUUGCUCAUAAUGUGUUUUAGCUUGCGUGGAUAAACUUUGGUUCAAAUAGUGUUUCAGGUAUUCACAUUUUAGAUUUUGGUGCUGUGUGGUCCGAUUGGCGACGCGUAGUUUGGUUAGCGUCGAAUUUACAUGGCAUGUAUUAAGCGUAAGUACAGACACAUCAUGGAUUGAUGUUUUAAAUGACUGUUACAUGAAAAAUUGUGCCCAACCAGUUCAUUUUUUAAAAAAUAUACUCUUUUCUUACUUGCUUUGAUACUGUUAUACUCCUUACAUUCUUUUUAUAUUUUUUGUCCGCACUUUCACAAGUUUUUUUGGUUUUGUUUUUACUUUUUUCUCAACUCCCAGAAAGCAGUUUUAUUCCAUGAAUAUCAAGACUCUACUGGAGGAUACAAAUAAAUGUGUUUCAGUAUUUUGUAGUCUUGUCUUUAUUUAUGUGUCCGUGUUUUUAAUUUUAGAACUGGGGACACGCCAAAAA